GCGCUUCCCGCCCUGCUCCGCGGCGGCGGCGGCGGCGGCGGCGAGAUGGCGGACGUGCUGGAUCUGCAUGAGGCGGGCGGCGAAGAUUUCGCCAUGGACGAGGAUGGAGACGAGAGCAUCCACAAGCUGAAGGAGAAAGCCAAGAAGCGGAAAGGACGCGGCUUCGGCUCCGAGGAAGGUUCCCGCGCCCGGGUCCGGGAGGAUUAUGACAGCGUGGAGCAGGACGGGGACGAGCCGGGGCCGCAGCGGUCGGUGGAGGGCUGGAUCCUCUUCGUCACGGGGGUCCAUGAGGAGGCCACAGAAGAAGACAUCCACGACAAAUUCGCCGAGUACGGCGAGAUCAAGAACAUCCACCUGAACCUGGACAGGAGGACGGGCUACCUGAAGGGAUACACCCUGGUGGAGUACGAGACCUACAAAGAGGCCCAGGCGGCCAUGGAGGGGCUGAACGGGCAGGAGCUGAUGGGGCAGCCCAUCAGCGUGGACUGGUGCUUCGUCAGGGGACCACCCAAAGGCAAAAGAAGGGGCGGCCGCCGGCGCAGCCGCAGCCCGGACAGGAGACGGCGGUGAUGGAGCCUCGCGUCCAGCCCCAAACUGGGGCAAACUGGGAGCAGGGGAGGGGGAAGGGAGGGGCUCUGGGUGUUUUGGGCAAGAGAAGUUAAACCUUUGGUGGUUUCUUGCAAGAUUUGGUUGGGUUCAAAGCAAAGCCAAAGGGACCCUCCAGGCUCUGGGGGUGUCUCACACAGUUCUCACGUCGUUUGUGAGUCAUUUGGAGCCUCUUCCCCUUCCUCUUUCGGCCAGAUUUGGGGCUUUUCAGACCCCAAACUAUCUCUCCUCAACUCCCCUGAAGGGCUUUGGCUGGGUGGGUUUGACUUUUUGUGAGCAGAGGUACAAAAUGACCCUCCUUCGGUGUCAAAUCCUCCCCCUCCCUGUUCCUUGGCCCCAGGGAAACGCUGAGCCCAGGCCCUGCCCUGCUUGUACCUUUGUGCUCCUGGGGCUGGGGACACCUCUUCAUUAAAAAAUGCCUUUUUUUCCUUAAAA